AUGGAGACCACAACCUGUAAUGGAUCAGGCGACUCCUGGACCAUCUUCUACCUCACCGGCAUCCCCUCUCUGCCAAAAUCCUUUUUCCUUCCUGUCUUCUUCAUCUUUCUCUUUCUCUACCUGCUCAUCUUGGUGGGCAAUGCCCUGAUCCUGGUGGCAGUGGUGGCAGAGCCCAGUCUCCACAAACCCAUGUACUUCUUCCUCAUUAACCUCUCAGCUUUGGACAUUCUUUUCACCACAACUACAGUCCCCAAGAUGCUGUCCCUGUUCCUGCUUGGAGAUCGAUUCCUCAGUUUCCCUGCCUGCUUCUUGCAGAUGUACCUCUUCCAUAGCUUCUCCUGCUCAGAAGCCUUCAUCCUGGUGGUCAUGUCCUAUGACCGCUAUGUGGCUAUCUGCCGCCCACUGCACUACCCGGUCCAUAUGACCCCACAGACCAAUGCUGCACUGGCAGCCAGUGCCUGGCUCACUGCCCUUCUCCUGCCCAUCCCAGCAGUGGUACAGACCUCCCAGAUGGCCUACAACAACAUUGCUUACAUCUACCACUGCUUCUGUGACCACCUGGCUGUGGUUCAGGCCUCCUGCUCUGACACCACCCCACAGACCCUCAUGGGCUUCUGUAUCGCUAUGGUGGUGUCCUUCCUUCCCCUUCUCCUGGUUUUGCUCUCGUAUGCCCGCAUCCUGGCAUCUGUGCUUCGCAUCAGCUCCCAAGAAGGACGUUCAAAAGCCUUCUCCACCUGUAGCUCCCACCUCCUGGUGGUGGGCACUUACUACUCAUCCAUUGCCAUUGCCUAUGUCUCCUACAGGGCUGACCUGCCUCUCGACUUCCACAUCAUGGGCAAUGUGGUAUAUGCUAUUCUCACACCUGUUCUCAACCCUCUCAUCUACACACUGAGGAACAAGGAUGUCAAGGCAGCCAUCACAAAAAUGGCAUGUCCCCAGGAGCCAAAGAAUGCUGGGAAGCCCUGA